GAAUAGCAGUUGGAACAGCUCCACGUCAUUCAAAACCUUUCUUUCCUUUUGUCCACCAUGAAAUUCUCAUUUUCGCUCAUUGCAGCGGCUUUAUUCGCUGGCGCGAGCGCCUCAAAUGUUAUUGACCUAGUUCCGGAUAACUUUGACAGCGUGAUUGGACAGGGAAAACCUGGUUUGGUCGAAUUUUUUGCACCUUGGUGUGGUCACUGCAAGAACCUCGCACCGAUUUAUGAACAACUUGCCGAUGCAUAUGCACAUGCAAAGGACAAAGUGGUCAUUGCCAAAGUUGAUGCUGACGGGGCUGGGCGUGAUUUAGGACAGAAAUAUGGAGUCAAAGGAUAUCCCACUCUUAAAUGGUUUGAUGGCAAGGGCAAUGUAGAGCCUUACGAAAAUGCCCGAGAUCUUGACGCUCUAUCCGCUUUCGUAUCGCAAAAAGCUGGUGUCAAGUCGAACAUCAAACCUCCUCCCCCUCCGGAGACUCUUAUUCUGGACGCAUCUACUUUUGAUGAAGUGGCAUUGGACGAGUCAAAGGAUGUACUCGUGACGUUCACGGCACCAUGGUGUGGACACUGCAAAAGUUUGAAGCCCAUAUAUGAACUCGUUGCUAAGGAUUUCAAGGCUGAAGAUAACUGUGUUGUUGCCAACAUUGACGCCGACGCCGCCGAAAACAAGCCUAUUGCUUCCCGUUACGAUGUUGCUUCUUACCCCACCAUCAAAUUCUUUCCCAAGGGAGGCAAAGCAGUUGAAAGUUAUGAAGGUGGACGGACCGAGCAGGCGUUUGUUACUUUCCUCAACGAGCGUUGUGGGACUCAGCGUGCAAUUGGUGGUGGUCUUUCUGACGAGGCUGGCCGAUUCCCUGAGCUCGACUCGCUUGCACAAAAGUUCUUGGUGGCUACUAGCAGUGCGCGGGACUCUAUCUACAAGGAAGCUUUGGCGCUGUCUGGAUCUGUCGGAUCUACCGCUAGCCAAUACACCCGCGUGAUGGAAAAAAUCAUUGAUGGUAGCGAGGAAUAUAUCACGAAAGAGUCGAAACGUCUCGCAUCCAUUCUUAGCAAGCGCUCACUUGCAUCAACUAAGCUAGAUGAGAUCAAGGUCAAGGCUAAUAUUCUCAAGGCAUUUGUUGUAGAAAAGUUCGACGAGGCAGAAGAGAAAGUGUUUGGGAAGGCAUCGGCUGAGCUGUGAUUGUCUUUUUGCCGGUUGCACACUUAUUACAGGACGCGUGAUGACGCUGUUUCACCACGGUCAUCAAGACUGCAUUUGUUUCUUGUUUACAACUAAUAAUACAGACGUCCACUUCUCUUCAGGCCCGUUCCGAGCGUUUGGUUCUGUGAAAUUCGACGAGCCGCUCGGGUUUUCAGCGUCCAUAGAAGAGUAAGUGCAUGUGUUUGACGCCU